AUGGCAGCCCUGAUGUCGUUGAGCAGGGAGCGGGAGCUUCGUCUGGGCAUACUGCCCUCGGAGUCGGAGUCCGAGGAAGUGGAUGGCAUGCCAAGCAAGCAGAAGACACGAUGGAGACUUGCAGCCUUGUUGGCCACGCUGAUGACUUUGACGUUGGGGACCGCGUUCCUUGCUGCUUUGAAUUCUCCGAAGGCACCGACCCAGAUUGCGAAGACCAUGGAGCUGGACAAGGAACAUGAUGCAAAGCAGACGAGAGAGGUUGAAAAGGACAGAAGUCCGGUCCACAGGCGUGCACCAUCGCUAACGCUGCUGCAGUUCAAUCCUCACUGGGAGUGCUUUAAGCCUGUGAACAUGGAGACGUGUGGGCGUAACGUAUUUGGCUUGGUGACGCGGCUCCUGCAGAAUCACAGCACGGACUUUGCCAACAUCAUCGAGCUCCCGAAGACCUACAGGCCACCAAAAGGCUGGCUAAUGGCCUGCCGCAAUGGAGGAGGUGGCGACACGGCGUGCCUGCUAUGGCGCAGCUUGGAGUGGGAGGUGGUCGCGCCGCAGACGGAGUGCUGGUGGGGAAAUGGCCGGGCUUGCAACAUCAUGACCUUUCAGCAUGCCCGACAAAGCGAUUUGAAGGUCACCGUUGUCGGUGCGCACUUCCCUCAUGGAGCCAACUCAGGCUUCUACAUGGAUUUCGUUGGAACGAUGCGGUGGAACCUGAAGAAAUCCAGAAAGGUCACAGACAAGGUCAUCGUCCUUGCGGACUCGAAUGCGGGCCUUCAUCAGAAAUCAGACGUGGGCAUUCUCGAAGACCUGGCAUCCUUGCCUCCCCACACACAUGUGCCGACCCUCUGGUACGACUACAGGACAUGCUGCUACAACAUUCACUUCCAGGCCUUCUUCGAUCGAGUGGUUGCAAACUUUGGGAAGAAGUUGGAUCUGAUACGUGACGAUGAAUACCGAUCACUCAGUGGAGAUUUCACUCAUGCACCGCCGUUCGCCCAGAUCAACUUCCCCAACAGCGCUGCACCAGGGUCUUUCCACCAUCCAGUGCUGGCCCGCCUCAGUCCUGGGCAGGAAAGAUCGAAGGCUCCAGACCUCACGGGCCCAAGUCUCUUCUGCGCGAACUUGCAGGUGCAGCCGGUCUACAGCCACAAGAAGUGGGAGGAGAAUUAUCAGAAGAGCGCCGUCCACCUCAAGAAUUGUUGUGCCUAUCCAGUCGUCACCCGGAUGUCCAGGGGUCGGAGUGCCCCGAGUGUGAUGAUGCAAAUAGCUCCGGAUGGGUCAGAUGUGAUGUCUGCCAGCGCGCAGUCUCCAACCCGCGGCGGGGCGUCCCCCACUGCGGAGGAGGAAGAUCGCAGGUUCGUGCUCAAGGAAGGCUUGCGCAUCGGUGAGACCUACUACUUGCUAGAGAUGUCCACGGACGGCCGAACACUGAAUGUGUCAGCCUACGAUGGCGAGACCAAGACGUCACUGGAGCUCAUUAUCAAAGAGAAGGUCCACCGGUCGCUGUACAGGGAGUGCAACGGGGACUAUGCACAGAUCGCAGCAAUGCCAGGGCAUGCGGGCUGUUUCCCCGCGGCUGAAGCAGCUUGGAUGGGCACGUUUGUGUCUGGCCAGCAUGGUGGUCUGGUUUGUCCUGGCUGGAGAGUCUGGGAUGACCUUCCUAGGCCCACUGCGGAUCGCCCCGCGGAUCGGCUGCCAGACCUCUCCACGGAUAUUUGCCGGAAGCCGCCAAGAACUGGCGCCUCGACCACUGCGGGUGGUCGGGCGUUCGCAGAUCCCGCGCCCAGCCACCUGGCCGCCAUUUAUGCAGCAUCCCCGUUUGUCGCCGUCUUUGGUGCGGCGUUUGUCUUCCUGGGCCUGCAGUUCUUCAACACAGAGGCCAAUGACGAUGCUUUGCGCACCCUCAUCCAGAAGUACACCAAUAUUCAGAUCAUCGACGUGAGCCCUGAUACGGACAUCAGCCAGGAGGUGGCUAGCGGCUCGUCUCAUAACCUUGUCCUGCGUGGCAAGUCAGACGAAGACAUCCAUUGGUAUGUGCAGGGGGACAAACUUCCGCCAGUGCGCUGGUUUCUGCGCAAGGACACAGUGCUUCGGAGAGUGCUUUUCGGUGGUGGACUUGCGCUGGGGGAAUCGUACAUGGACGGGGACUGGGACAGCGAUAAUGUGGAGCGCCUAGUCUAUGAGCUGCUGCGGAUCGAAGACUUGACCAAGGAGCUGGGAGCUCGGGAGCUGCCACUUCUGGGGACGAUCGUUCUCGGGGCACUCAAAGGCAAGCUCUUAGAUCUGCCGGGGCAAUCGGUCGAGGGCGCCAAGGAAAACAUCGGCAAAACCUACGAUGUUGAGACAAUCAAGAUCUACGAGGAGAUGCUCGACAGCAACAUGCAAUACUCCUGCGGCUACUUCUACAAGCCCGACAUGACCUUGGACGAUGCGCAGUUUGCGAAGAUGGAGCUGAUAGCAAGGAAGUUGGACCUGAAACCGGGAAUGCAACUUCUGGAGAUUGGCUUCGGAUUUGGUUCCCUGGCUUACCACCUGGCCACACGCUAUGAUGUUCGCAUCAAGGCGUGCACACUGUCUCGCGCACAAAUGGACUGGGCAAAGACGCAUUAUGGCCAUCCCAACAUCGAGUUCAUGUAUGCAGACUAUCGCGAUGUGGAGGGCAAAUUUGAUCGCGUCUACUCCGUAGGCAUGUUCGAGCACGUGGGGAGGGCGUCUUUCGCAACCUACUUCGACAAAGUUUACGAUGUUCUGGUUGAUGAUGGGAUCUUCUUGCUGCACACCCUGGGUUGGGCCAAGCGUGGCGAAUGGAACCACAAUGGGUUCGUCGGAAAGUAUAUUUUUCCCGGAGGGGAGCUGCCUACGCUCUACUUGCUGAUGGAGGACUUCUCCGACAGGUGGCACUUGGAGGACUUCCAAAGCUUUGGAAAGAGCUACGUGCAGACAAUGAGAACUUGGCUGGACAACUUGAAGAUCUGGAAGAACAUGGAUGAGUUCGACACACGCUUCAAGCGCAUGUGGGAGUACUACCUCAGCUGUUGCACCGCGGCCUUCGAGAAGAGGAGGAUAAAAGUGUGGCAGUUCGUGUACACGAAGCAACUGAGCACAAGGCUGAGCGACUGCUACCACAUCCGCCGCGAUGCUUGUAGCAUUGAGAGCUUAGCCCGUGAGACGGAGGCUCGAUGA